AUGUCGGCUGUACGCUUAGGUGGGCAUCUUAAAGAAUUAAGGAUUCAUUUGUGCCAGACAGGCAAGCAGUCCGCAGGCGUAAGGGAAUUCAUUCAGAAAACCUAUGUGUCCAUUAAGAAGGAGAAUCCUAAUUUCCCCAUCCUAAUUCGUGAAUGCAGUGGGAUUCAACCAUGUAUUUGGGCUAGAUAUGACAAAGGUGUGGAACGACGUACAGCGUUGACUAACUUGACCGCAGAGGAUGUCCUUAAUACCGUGAAACAACUCGCUAAA